AUGAAUCCUGGUGCCUCAAAUUCAGACAGAGCCCAGCUUGUGCGGCAGCUCCUCGAGAUCCUCGGCAGAUUCGAUGUCGAUUACCUUUCCGACCUCGCUCGUGUUGCGCAUAAGCUCCUUGGCGCCAGCGUACAGCAUGCGCAUCUCAUUGUUGGACGUGAUGGGGAGAUCACGGCCUGUGGAUCAUUGGAGCGCGACGUGCCAAGACGGAACUUGCGCAGCUUAUCCUUGGUCUCUUGCGAGAAGGUGUAUAGUCUGGCCUCGGAGCUCUACAUGGCCCACGUUAGCGAGAGGGAGCAGGAGAGACAAGAGUGCCGGGAGGACGGCACACCAUGGUGA